AUGAAAAUCCAUGCAACUAUUGUAGAUUUUUUAUGGUCAGCUAUUAGUAAAUUUUCUUUAAAAUAAAGAGGAUAAAGUAAAAAGCAAAAUCCACCACUAAACAAGAAUCCAUAAAUUCUAAAAUCAUUAGAAGAAAAUGGGAUAAUGAUCAUCAUAAGUAAAUAAAGAAACUCUGCAAACAGUAAUAUAAUGUUUCUUGACCAAUUAUUACAUAAAGACAAAGUCAAAGUAGAUCCUGCAAAAAAGGUUGCCAUAUAUUUGUAAAACUAUAUACUUUCAUCACUAUAAAUAAGAAAUAAAAAAUUUUGA